CUGUGAGACAUGACUUGCAUGUAGGGUUGUGCCGCCUACGUCGUCAUCUCUACCUCACUUUUGACAGGCCUUCCGGUUGACUUUUUUUUUUUUACAGUACUCUUUCUUGUAUGAUUCUAAACAUAUACCACGUAUAGGACCUUUGUCAAACGGCAAAUUUUCUUUCCUAUCCAGGGACAUAUCAUUCCAAUUUGUCUAGUCCACCACAAAGUACAUUCUUCUCACACCAUAUAACAGAGAAAGACACCUGUGAUAACCAGUAACUUGCCACAAUGUCGAGGACAAGAAACGACAGCUUGAACCCCGAAAACGAUCAAGAUGACCGUAGGACCUCAGUUCUCUCCAUCUUCUCGUUCCGAGAGCGACAUGGAUCUAUCUUGAGCGGUAUUACCGACAUCAUACCAGAGAAUCUACCCCUGCCAUCCUCAUUUGUACCUACUGCACCCAUCGUCCAAGAGAUUCUCAGUAGAGACAUAGCAGAGUGCUCGGAUGAAGACCACGACAACGAAGAAGGAGAGGAUAACCAUGCUCACGAGCAUCGAAGCGACAGCAUCAGCCAUAGCCAAACGCCACCUCGUGAUAUUGGUGCCGGCCCAAGCCAUCAUCAUUCCCAGACCACAUCCUCAGAUGCCAAGCUCGCUUUCCACCCCAACGGCGUUGCCUAUGGCCUCUCAGGCUUCUCGGCCGUCUCGAUCCAAGGCGUCGACCGUCCCGUUCCUAACCCGCAGGAACUCCAACAGUCGCUGGCUGCCGAGGUCGAUCUCCUCCGAGACAACGACCUGAUCCCCUCGCACUCGUCUGAGCAGCGGCGUCGAAGCAGCGCCACCUUCUCCGGACGUGUGUACCGCCGCUUCCUGAGCACACGGGUCCGCGACCAUGACCAACCCGUCGAUAUAUUCUCCACCGAUGUCUUCCGAUCCUCCAGCCAGUCGGUCUUGCCGGACGAGCGGGCCCCGCUGCUCGCCCGCCGUCGUCGGCCAAGCACGGACACGGAAGAGACUCUGGGCGAGAGUGACGGCGAUUCGGAGGCGGUCAGCGACAGCGAUGACGAGUCGGUCCCGACGCCGCCGGCGGACGAGAUACACCAGAAGUGGGACUCUGCGGUCGCGGCACAGGUGCUCCGCACGACGUGGCAGCGUGAGACCAAGACGCUGGUGCAGUACUCGGCGCCCCUGAUCGUCACGUUCCUCCUCCACUACUCGGUGACGGUGGCGAGCGUGCUAACGGUCGGGCGCCUGGGCAUGGUGGAGCUGGCAGCGGUCAACCUGGCCACUAUGACGGCGUCUAUCACGUGCUACGUUCCAGUUCAGGGGUUGGCGACGUGCCUGGACACGCUCUGCGCGCAGGCGUACGGAUCGGGACAUAAGCACCUCGUCGGCCUCCAGGCGCAGCGCAUGACGUGGUUCCUGUGGAUCCUCAUGGUGCCCAUCGCGGUCCUGUGGUGGUUCUCGGGCCCCAUCCUGGAGAAGCUGGUCCCGGGUGAGGAGACGGCCGGCCUGUCGUCGCUUUAUUUGAAGGUGCUCAUUCUUGGAAUGCCAGGUGUGGCGGCGCUCGAGUCGGGCAAGAGAUUCGUCCAGGCCCAGGGCUUGUUCCACGCCACCACCUACGUGUUGCUCAUCACGGCGCCCCUCAGCUUCUUCCUGAACUGGCUGUUCGUCUUCAGGUUUGGCUGGGGUUUUGCUGGAUCUGCCAGUGCCAUGGCCAUCGUUCAGAACCUGAUCCCGAUUCUUCUGGUGCUCUAUGUUGUCUUGUUUGAGGGGAAAGAGUGCUGGAGUGGGUUCUCGUGGAAAGCUUUCAGGAACUGGGGCCCCAUGAUCAAGCUGGCACUCCCGGGCAUGAUCAUGAUUGAAGCUCAGUUCUCCGUGCUUGAGAUCCUCACCAUUGCAGCGGGUCAGCUUGGAACCGCUCAUCUCGCCGCCCAGAGUGUCUUGGUCACGGUUACUUCGACAUCGUUCAACAUCCCUUUUCCGUUGGCAAUUGCAACAUCAACACGGGUUGCAAACCUCAUUGGAGCGAACCUCGGCGAUGCCGCCAGGACGACGACAAAAGUGGCCAUUUUUGCUGCACUGGUAGUCGGCGUCUUCAACAUGAUCAUGCUCAUCGCACUCCGCCGAGUCUUGCCCGCCGUGUUCACAGACGACGAGAGGGUGAUAGACAUUGCCUCGACCACCAUGAUCGUCUGCGGAAUCAUGCAAAUCUUUGACGCCCUUGCCGCCGUGUCCCACGGUAUUCUCAGGGGUGUAGGUCGUCAGGCCAUCGGGGGCUACGCGAACCUGUUUUCGUACUACUUUGUAGCCCUCCCUGUUUCGCUCUCCACUGCUUUUGCAUUGGGUUGGAAGCUCAGUGGUCUGUGGGCUGGUUUGGUUUCUGGACUUGCAGUUGUGUCUGCCCUCGAGUUGUUGUAUCUGUACAACUCGGACUGGGACAGUGCCAUCGCCCAGGCCGUGGCGAGGAUGCGCUCGGAAGAGGUUGAGAUCGUUGAGCCAAAGGCCGCGGGUACUUUGGGGCCUAAUUAGUGGCCAAUUGUUUCGGGUUUGAUUGCAUGUUGAAGCAUGAGUGUUGGAAUUUGUUUCGUGCACUUGAUUAGCAACGCAUUUCUGUUUGGUUUCUGUUUUUAGCGGUCUUUUUUGUUGGUUUACACUUUCUUUUUUUUAUUUAUCGUUGCAUGACCAAAAUGGUGCAGGGGGUAACUUUCUAUACCCCAGAUUUGGAAUGAACCGAAACGCAGCUUUUCGUUCCGAUUUUACCGUAAUUUGGAUUCUAUGAGGUUCAAGUGUGUCGGGAAUAUAAUCAGAAUUUGUUGUGUUUAUACAUUUGAAUCGAGUGAAUAGCUAGUUUUAUAUUCACUCAUCCCCUUGCGAUACAACCCCAAG